UGGAUUUGUUAAGCUUAACGGAACUACUCUCAGUACAGCAAGUGCUGAAGUGUUGUCAUGUGUUAAUAAGUUAAAAAUGUGAACAGGACCGAUGAUGAGAAGCUCCGGCUGGUUCCUAACAGCAGUACUUCAGGUCAUCAUCUUUGUAUGACGGGCUGUGCCAGCUUUGUCCUCAUCAUUCAUUCAGCAUUUCCAUCAUUUUUUCUUCAGUGCAGUAGUACCAUGAAGAGUGGAGGAAGAGGUAAGGCACAGCCUGUUGAGGGGGUCACUGGCAAAAGACCUAAACGUAAAUGCCUGCAGUGGCACCCUCUUCUUUCCAAGAAGGCUUCAGAGUUCUCUGAGGAAGAGGAAGAAGAAGAUGAGGAGGAGCUGGGGAAGGCAGGGCUGUGCAGUGAAGAUCAGGACUCCCAAGUGCAUAAUGUAAGCACAACAGAGGAAGCUGAAGAAGACUCUAAUGAACACCGGGCACGUCGGCCUAUGAAUGCUUUCCUCCUCUUUUGCAAGCGGCACCGUUCUCUGGUGCGACAGGAACAUCCUCGUCUUGACAACCGUGGGGCCACAAAAAUAUUGGCUGACUGGUGGGCUGUGCUGGAGCCCAAGGAGAAGCAAAAAUACACUGAUAUGGCCAAGGAGUAUAAAGAUGCCUUUAUGAAGGCAAACCCAGGCUAUAAGUGGUGUCCCACUACAAGCAAGCCACUCAAGAGCUCUUCCUAUCAGCAUGUCAGCUGUCCUCGCAAAAAGGUGUGGUCCUUCUCCUGCAACUCAUCCAAGGACUCUACUGCCAAAAAUGUGCCCAAAAGCGACAGUUUGCACCAGUUGAACUUUGCCAUGGCAGACCCCACAAAGAUGGGAGGCCUGAGCAUGCUGCUGUUAGCUGGUGAACACGCCCUCACAAACAGGGAGAUCUCUCCCAGCACUAAAUCUACAUUACCUGACAUAGCCAUUAAAGGAAGCUCCUUUUCAGAGGAAACUAAAGAGAUGUUGUCUCAGACAAUUCCCAACAGAGUGCCUGAUAUUAUUGACAGCAGGAUGAAGACAGGGCUUUCCCUGGUGGAAGAGUCUUCCUUGUCAGGCACCCUUGAAGGAAAACCAUACAGACAGUCAGCUCUCUUCCAGCUUGCAGAGAUGUGUUUAGCAUCAGAAGCAGGAAAAAUAGACUCAAUAGUGUCUCAGCCCGAUGACAACUGCUCCACAGCAACACUCAAGCAAAUAUCCAUGAAGCCAGGAGUUAAGGAGGAGAGAGACAACUCUGACUGCUGUAGUCCUUCUCAUAGAUCGCCCUCCCCUCCAUCUCCUUCCUCUGGAACAUCCACCCCCACUGCUCAGCAUACAAGCCAAAGUGGAUGUGUCAAAAAGAAGAACAAGAAAUAUGAGGAGGUGAAGUCUAAUGACAUCCCAUGUUCAGAAAAGAGAGUGGGCACAAAUUGUCAGCACUUGGAAUCAAAUGUGGACAGCACCAUUGAGGCAGUGGCCAGAGGAGCUUGGAUUGACAAAGAGGAUAAAUCCAAGAAGAAGACCCCUCCCAGUUUUAUCAGUAGAAGCUCCGGUCUGCCACAAAAGAAAACUAAGACCAAAGUUAAGACACUGGUUAAAGCAAAAGAAGAGGAGUUGGAAGACAGCAGCAAGCUGCAGGGAUCCUCUGAUGGGGAGAGAAAGAAAGUAGUGCCUGGCAUUGAGGCCAAGAUUGAAACAGAAAGUGUAAAUAGUGAAAGCACAGGCCUUCAAGGCUGCAUGCCAGUGUCUCCCCAGCUCCACUGCGGCCAAUCGCCGGUGAAGCCCAAAGAAGAGGACAAGGAGAAGCACAAGGAGAAAGAACAGCAGAAGGCUAGUGACACAACCUGUGAGCUGAACACACACAACCAUGGCUCCAGAAAAUCCGAGCGAAGCUGUAAGGGUGCCUUGUACAAAACUCUUGUGUCUGAGGGAAUGCUAACUUCACUGAGAGCCAAUAUAGACAGAGGUAAAAGAGGUGGCUUACGCGCUUUUGAUCAUGAGUCUAACUGGAGUCAGGACAGCUGGACAGUUUCACACUUGGGACCAAGUAAUACCAAGAAGCUAAAAAAGUCCAAGUCCAAAGAAGAGUCUUCACAGAGCCUGGGAAAACUAGAAGAAGAGUUUGAAAAGAAGUUCAACAGCCUGCCACAGUACAGUCCAAUCACCUUCGAUAAGAAGGGGACAGCUGUUGCCAAGAAAAAGAAAACUGACUGCUCCUCUAGCGUAGAUGAAUCCUCCAAAUCUCCAAAAGUGGAACAGAGUAACUGCUGGCAGUUGGAUUCAGUUUCAAAAGCUCAGCCCUCUGCUUCCAUGUUCCUUGACAUCCAUGGUGCCUCCAGCAUGGAGAUGCUGGUUGGCAGCCAGAAGAGGAAGGCUAGGAAGUCCAGGAUUACACACUUGGUGCGCACGGCUGAUGGCAGUGUUUCUGCAGCUGAAGAAAACAAAGCUGGGGAUCUAAACCAGGAACAGGAUAAGAAGCCAUUAAACCAACAGAAUUUAUGCAAUGAAAAAAGGUGCUACAGCAGUCCUACAGCAGAGGAGACUGGGCGGAACACCUUACCACCAGAGUUACCUGCUUUCUUCAGUUUGGCAGCCCUUGCUGAGGUAGCAGCCAUGGAAAAUGUUCACAGAGGCCAGAGAAACUUAGCUCAAAGCCAGAAGAAAGAACUUGUACAAACUCCGGUUCUCAUAUCCUGCGCUGAUCAGUGAAGUGAUGCUGCUGCUUCUGGAAGAAGAUGACAUGAACAGUAGUAGUGAAGCUUUGCUUUCCUGAGAGGUUGUUUGUUUGGAAGGCUUGGACAAACUCCAGACUUCGAUUUUGCUUGAAUCUAAUAUAUGGGGAAAGAAACCCUCUCCUCUUCUCCCGCCUGCCCCUUCUCUGUUGGUGUCUCAGUGUUUCAUCCUGAGCCUCUGUUGGGCUUCAGGGAGAAUGCUUUUCUCAAAGGAUGGCUUUGUGUAUUCAAUGGAUGAUGUACUUGACACUCAGUGAAUUCCCUACAGUAAGUGGUGGUCAGUACAGUCUAGUUGUUGAGAAACAAGUAGAGUAGGUAAGGUGGACUUUCAGGUAGACUGUUUUCUCAAACUCACUAGCUGCUUUGAGAAAAAUGGUCAUGAGAACAUUGGAGCUGUUGGUCUGUUGCCGAGCAGCAGGCCAACAGCUCCUGUGUUAUGCAAACUAAAAUCAUCCCUUUGUCAACAGUUUUUGGAUAUAAAGGGGGCCAUUUAUAUACUUCCAUCACAGUUCCACAUACAUCACAACUUGAAGAGAGAUGGGCUCUUAGCUUUUGGAAGGAGCUUUGUGAAUUGCUUCUUGGUUUUCAGUAUCUCUGCUGCAGUGGUCAGAAGAUCCUCAGCUUGGGCAGAAAGAAGGAUUUGAGGAUUUGCUUCAUCUGUCAGGAAUCACAGUGAUCCUCCAAUUAUUGCAAGCUGUCGCUGCUGUGUACCGCAGUGUGACACGGAUCACUCCCGACAGCCACAUGCACAAAAGAUCUAUCUACACUGAUGUGUUCCAUAUGUAUGGAAAUAAAAACAUCAACAAUGGCACAUUUUGUGGCUGCAGUCACUAUGUACUGUUUAGCACCGCCACUGAAAAGAAACACCUACUAUAUUUACACCUGAUUAGUCUGUGCAAAAAAAAAACAAGCUUUCCUCAGUGCAUGGCUUCCUUUUUAAAGGUGGUUCCUAUAGAUUUGUUGUAUACUGUUAUAAGGAAGCCAUUUUGGAGGUUAAGUGUGACUGAAAAGACCUAAUUUUUUUAAUGGGACUGUGAAAGUGCUUUUGACUUGCAGUCAUGUUUGUUGUUUUUUACUUGAUGAAUAGUUCCCACACCUCUCUGAACACAUUUGUAUGUGGAAAAGCUUAUUUGCCUCCAGCUUCAUCCCAAAAGAACUUUUAACCAGGGUAAAUGAUCAUGACAGACUUCCUUUAAAGCUGUGGUAUGUUAAUCUUUUAAAAAAUAGUUUUUUUUACAUAUUUCUUAAAACUGUCAUUAUGUUGUGACAGUACGGUAUGAGACAAAUAAUCUGUGAAAAAAUUUAGUUCCUCUGCCUUCUCCCAGUGCAAACUACAGAAAUACACAGCUCAGUCAAAAACAACCAAUUACAGGCAGGAGGAGGGUCUUAGCGCUGUCAAACACUCUAGUGUAUGCACUGCGCUCACCCCCUGUCCCCUUGCUCUCUGCUAUGCUACAGCUUGUCCUUAUCAGACCACCUAUGAUGGCAGAUGGAACAGUUAGGUUAGUUGUUUCUUUGCCAUUAGCACCAUGAGCACGAGGUUGAUAUGACUGAUAACAUAUUGAUAUAUAUAAUAUAUACUGAUGUCGCUAAGACCUUCCUCCUGGCUCUGUUUGGUUGUUUCUGGUUGGCAGCGCUGCAUUUCUUCAGACAGCAACAGUAGCUCAGGGAGGAUCGAUCUUUUCACUGGCUCAUAGUUUACUGUCAGGACAUACUGACAGUUUUAGCAAAGAUUUAAAAAACUGUUUUUUAUAUAAAAACACAGCUCAGUUUUAACAACUACUUGCUCAGUUUAUUUUGGUGGUAUACUAAUUUAGUGUCCUAGUAUGUAUUAUCAAUGAGCAUUUUAUAUUUAUGAGAAGAUGUUUUAGUGUAAGCAAAGUUUGUGUCAACUAAUGUUGGACUGAAUGUUAAGAGAAAUGCAUUCCCCUACAUCUGAACUAGAGUUCAUAAUAUCAGAGGACUUUGCUAUUGCUUAUCUUUCUGUUCAGUGUCCCUGGAAGUCAGGUGUCUGUUUUUAAAGCCGGCUUCUCAGAACUAAAAUCUAGCCUUAACCCUCCCACCUGCACACUGUUUGCCACCACAAAGUCCUGAAGCAGAUUUGUCAUCUCAGUUUUAACAUAUUUAAACACUGGAAUGCAGUUUUCUCACUACUUGAGAAAAAGAUUUUAAUUUCUUGUCUGCAUAAUUUCCACAGAGUAUUCACUGCUUGUGUAUUCAGUUUCAAACUGCACUAAUUUGAAAUCAAAAUGAUGAAAUUUAAAUUCCACAUGGAAGAGUAAAGCAAUGCCCCCACUAGCCACAGGGUUCUUCUACCACCGUUGUGUCUUUGACGUUCUGAAUCAAGUUAGCUGUAGUUUCCACAUGAAAAAAAGAGCAGCCUGCACUAUGAAGCAAGUUUUAGUGACCUUUUGAGGCAUCUUCAGGUUCAAAUCAUGAUUUUGUCUUCUUACCUGUGUCAUCUGUAUGCUUGAAAUCUUCCCUACUCCCAAGCAGCAGAAUUCCACCAAUUAGUGCACAUAACAGGGAAAAUGAAUGAAAUAGACAGUAGUAUACAACAGAAAGAGAAACAAUUUUAAGUUAGCUCUUUUCUAUUAAUAGUAUAUUCAGGGCCUAAAUCAGGGGUCUGCAACAUAUUGCUCCUGAGCUGCAUUUGGCACUUUGGACAUUCCAAAAUGGCUUCAUAACUUUGGUUAAAGUUAUAUAUAGAUUUUGCAGUUGAAGGUUAUGUUAACUGGUCUCUCCAAAUUGCUCUUAUUGUGGGUGUGGAUGAUUGUUUAUCCUAUGUGCCCUGUCCAGGGCGCACGCCCCCGUCGUGCCCAGUAACUAUAUUUCCAUUACAAAUGUGCACAAAUCUUUGUCUAUAUUCUGCUAACAUAAAAAAACAACACAAUUUUGCAAUUGCGGUGUUUCCAUUAAAUAAGAAAUUAAAUUAAAAUCUUAUGUGAAUAAGCUUUUAAUAACUUCCAAUAAGUUAUUAAAAGUUACGGUAGCAAAGGAUGUAAACAAUUAAAUGAAAUAUAAUCAUAAUUUAACCACAGCCGCAGCUAAUGACUGCUGCAGACCACCAGCUCUCUCCCUGCAGUACAAGUGAAUGGAGAUGAUGGAUUGUUUCUUUUAUGCUAAAUUGCUUUUCAGCUUUAUUUCAUUUUGUUUUAUGUUAUUAUUUUAUCAUGUCAGUCCAACUCUGCUUGUUUUAGAUGUACAGCAAGUACUGAGGUGAUCAAGUCAGUCUAUACCAGUAAACAUCGUCCUUACUGUUUGGGUUAGUUUUACCCAAUCUACUGAAGAAACCUGCUUCAUAGUGUAGGCUUGUUUUGAAGUGUCAGAUCCAGGUUUGUUUAGUCUGAUUUGUUUCAUAAUACAAUAAAGCUAGCUAGGGCUAGUGGAGGCAAGGCAUGUAGCUGAUUCCUGUUUUUGUUGCUCAGAGUAUAUAUAUGCAUAUAUAUAUUUUUGUAUAUAUAAACAGUGCUCAAUAAGAGUCAUUUCAUUCCGAAGUCCCUGUUUUUAUUUCAGCAAUGCAGGUGGUCUUCCCAGAUUUGCUGGAAUCUUCACAAACUCAUUGAUACAAACAGAAAAAAACCUGUGUUCAGUUUUUACCAUGACCAACAGCCACACCUCCUUCCCCUGGAGCUCUUUGUCCCUCUGUGUGUAGACCAAUACUUCCAUGACCACAUUCUAGAUACAAUUCUACUGCAAUUUAGAUAGAUUACGUUGUUUUUUCUAUUUUAUUUAAUAUUGUUCCUUUUUUAUAUAAAAAAUUGAGGCUUUUCAUUGUUCACAACUGUGUGAACAAUGGAUGUGCUUGUACUUAUCUGGUGGAUAAUACAGUGCAUAAACAAUACGCUAGUCCUGUUAGCCCUGCAGCUGGUGUAUGUCCUAAUAACGCUUUUUGCUAUGGAAUGUCACACAAAAUGGGUUUUAGAAACCCAUUUUGAUUUCUUAAAUCACAAUGUUCAGAUCUGAUAAUAAUGUUUGUUCAUGUCUUUGUUAGUCUGCAAAUAAUGCUGAACUGCAACCAACCUGGAAUUGCUCAUUUGGGUUUAAAAUACAACAGAGUAGCACAAUAGACUACAGAGAACCAAACUACAGUCUGUCAUAAUCUUAAUAAGAAUCAGUAUAUGGAAAUGUAUACUUUCAGGUGUAAGAAAGUUCCAUCAUUGAAACAGAAUUGAAAAACAUGUGAGCUUUUGUUUUGUUGGAAAUAAGGAGUCCCCUGCGCCUGUGUGUCCACAUCAACCCUCAACACCCUACCUUCUUAAAGGAAUAUACCUCCUUACAGCAAGUGAGUUUAUUGACAUUUGCCAAAGAAAAUGAAUGGUAUGGUUCGAAGGGAAAUUCUGUUGGAGGAAAUAUAAAUCAUGCUAGCAUAACUGUUGCACUGGAUUUUUUAGGUGUUUGAAUCUUCAGGUAACAUUAUCAGUACAAUUCAUUGUGAUUAUCUAAUGAAAUUAUGUUUGUUUUUGAAUUCAGAGUUUGACUCAACCUCAACACAAGGAAUAUAAAGUAUUUGCACCUUAUGACCCAAACCAAAAUUAUCAUGGUCGUUAAACAAAAAUAAAAAAAAUAUUUCAUCCACUCAAUAUAGUUUGGGAAUUGCUCCAUCCAGUAAAAACUGCACAUCUACAGAUUAGCCCUUCAUCCUCUUGACUUUUCUAUUUAAAAAUGCUUCUUUAAGGUUCAAAAUUCUUAUAUUAGUUACAAAGAUUAACUAUAAUGCCCUUUUGUGCUAGUACUGUCUUCUUGAAUGUAAUCAUUUUCUACCUAUAUUUUUCUAAUUCAGCCUUGAUUGUACCGUAGGUAUGCUAUGACGGUAUACUGUUGCUUCUGUGCAUAUUUUGUUCUAACAAUUAAUGUAAGGACAGCUGCUGCACUGUUAAUUCAGUGGAAGUGCGAUGAGUAUGCCCAAAUGACUUCUUGGAGCAUGUGAGCAUCCAUGAAACUGACAACUAUUGACUGUUGCAUUGAGUUUUGGGGUAAUCUUUCUCUGGUUUGGUUCGAAAGUGGGGACAAUCCUGCAAGCAGAAUAUUUGUGUGUGAGUUUUAGCUUAUUUAUAGCUCUUCAAAGUUUAGUCAAAUUUCAAACAGAAAAAAGCAUUAUAUAUAUUUGCUUAUACAUAAUCAUGUAUGAGAUCAUUUGUCCUUAACUAGAAUGUAGAUUACGCCUUCCUUAUUUUUAACCUAAGUUUGCAAUGAUGGUUUUCAAUGCCUACCUAACUGAUAAGUUGUAGAUCAAUUGACAUUAUUAACCAUGUGCUUGCCAUACAUUAUGUAAACAAUGUUCUUCAUGAUGUGCUAUUUUGAUUGUUAAAGCCCAAUUUGUUUAGUGCUGCCUUGCCUUACUGUAUUCCCAUUGUAUUGUGGGAUCCCCCUUCUCCUUAUCAAACCCACAUUGCUGUCAGAACACUGUUUGAUGACACAACUAUUCCUUGUACAACACCUAUUAAAAUAACUUCUGUUAAACCUG